AUGAAAGGUACAAAGAAAUUGGUUAGAGAUUAUUUGAAGGAAGAAUUUCCCGGUAAACUCGAUUGUACUCCUUCAGCAAAUGAAAUAAUAGACCGUGUGAAAUCCAAAUACGGCACAACUAGAAAUCCCGAAACAAUUGUAAGUCUUGAGUUGGACAAAGAUGAGAAAAGCUUCAAAUACCUCUUCAUUGCAUUGGGUGCAGCGGUAAGAGGAUGGAACUACUUGCGUAAAGUUGUUGCUAUUGAUGCAACCUUUUUGACAGGUCAGUACAAAGGCACAUUGGUCGUUGCAACUGCACAAGACGGUGACCACCACCAAUAUCCGUUAGCCUGGGGUAUAAUCGACAGAGAAAAAGAUGCAUCAUGGAGAAGCAUAAUAAAGGCCGUCAGAGAAGUGUACAAAGAAGCUGGCCAUGGAUUUUGUGCGAGGCACAUAGCGCAGAAUUUGAAAGUGAAGGUUAAUCGAGGCAUGGAAAGAAAGAGUUCAAGAGGUGAAACUGUCGCUGAAAGAUUCUUCAGAUGCACGGAAGCUUAUACAUUGCAAGAGUUUGAAGACAUAUUUAAUGAUCUAAAGAACAUGUAUCCAAAAGUGGAUGAAUAUAUGCAGAAAGAAGAACUUGACCCAGAGAAGUGGGCGAGAUGUAAAUUUAAGCGAGAACGGUAUAACUUAUUGACUACAAAUGGGGCCGAAUCAAUCAACUCUGUGUUGAAGAAAGCUAAAAGAUUUCUGGUGCUAGGGACGUUGCUUGACAUUUAUCUUUCAAAGACAGUGGAAUGGUUCGAUAGGCAUAGAGUGGAAGCAGAAUCUGCCGAUGAUUCUCAAAAUCUGACACCGCAUGUUGAUAAAGUGUUACAUGCGCGAUACGAGAUGACAUGUACAUAUGAGGUUACUAUGUUGAACUCUAAUACAGAGGAGUUUGAGGUGAGGGAUGAAAAUGGUAGAAAACACUUGGUCAGCAUUGCACAUAGAACGUGCAGUUGCAGAGUAUUUGAUAUCGACAAGAUCCCAUGCAGUCAUGCCAUGGCAGCAGUUCAUAAGGUUGGUAAAUCGAGUAUUAUACCAAAUUUAUGUUCUCCAUGUUAUCUGCGAGAGACAUGGCGUCUUGCUUAUCAAGAAACAGUUUAUCCGGUCCCCGAUUGUUGUGAAUGGAGCAUCGAUGACCCAAAUAUUGCAAAUCUUAUGGUUUUGCCGCCUAUACAAAAUCGGUUUCCUGGUCCCGGUGAAGCCCGAAAGAAAAUCUAUUGUGCAACACGAGCAUCAACAUCAACAAUUUUCGGAUAG